UAGGUCUUAAUUGGAUACAAUUUGAAAGGAAAUAAGAAAAACCUGCAGACAUUCAGGCCCUCUGUGGAAUGAGUUUGACGCCCCUGUCAUAAAGGGAAAUUAUGCUUUAAAAAAAAAAUUAUAUCCAGUUUGAGUCCAACCCUUUUACUCUUCUUUUCCAAUCUGCUCCAUAUGGCUAACAGAGGGUCAGGCAACAGUGUGGCUUCUUUGACGCAGUGUUGUGAUCUAGUAUUGGAGGAUGCCUCGUCGCGAUCAUGACGGUUCUUCUGCAAGCCGGCGCAAGGGUGUAACACCCAAGCGUCGGCCUCCAGCCCCAACCGCGCCUGCUUCAGCAUCAAAGGCAAAGGCAUCACGGCUGAGCGGACCAUCAGCCCCUGCAGGUCCAACUCCCUCCCCGCGAAAGAAGAGGUUUCGCCCUGGCACCCGAGUUCUGAUGGAAAUUCGCAAGUACCAGAAGAGCACUGACUUGCUUUUGCGCAAGGGACCGUUUGCACGCCUGGUUCGGGAGGUAUGUCAGACAUAUAGCAGGGACUUCAUGAGAUGGCAGGUGUAUGCUCUUCUGGCAUUGCAGGAGGCUGCAGAGGCUUUCCUCGUUUUACUGUUUUCCGACGCCUACCUUUGUACCGUCCACGCCAAGCGUGUAACGCUAUUCCCCCGUGACAUUCAGCUUGCCCGGCGAAUUCGAGGAGUGGAUAAUCUCUGAGAACACUCAGAUGAGCCAUUGAGGAGCGAGCAGUGUGGCUUGGGGUGGGGCCUGUUAUAGUCUCUUUUUAAUAUAAUUUACCACUGACCUUGGCUCAUGUACUAUGGGGUGCUGAGGACCUCUAACAGUGCUGUGUUUUGAUGCAAAGCAUCAAUGGACCUAAUUUGCCCCAAACACGCAUGCAUUAAGUUCUUGCCAUGUUCAUGCCAGUUAUAAUCUCAGUAUAUUCUAUAACAAAAGGCUCACCCAGGCAAGGACUGUUGACCAAUGUUUUGUACAUUGAAGGAAAAACACUGUUGGGUAUACUGCUUUAGUUCAUCUGUGUUUUGGGCCUCAUGGCACCUAAGCCAAGUUAGUAUACUGGUUAAAUCUGGAAAAUAUGAGAGUUACUGUAAAUAAUGUUUUUAUAAAUUGUUUUCAUGUUGGAUUUAAAUAAAUGUUUUUAUUCGGUAGGAAAAACAAUUUGAAAUGCCUAUUUGUAUACCUGUUCCCAUACAGCUAUAAUAGGACUACAGAUCCAUACUUAAAACCUGGAAAUUAAUUUUCUUAAUGUUAACCUCUUAUAUUUCAUGCCCAAUUUUAACAUGCAUCUGUGGUGUUUGUGUGCAUGUGGUUUCAUCCACUGCCUUUGUC